CAGUGCCCUUCGUCUCGCCCCUCCCGCGUCCAUACUUGGUCCAUCUGUCAUGGUAAACUUCAAGGUCAGGAACACCCACUCUGCAGGCGAGGAGGGGGUCGAGCCGCCGGCAGAUCUCCCACCUCACUCACCAGGCAGGACGCCUAUGGGGGAAUGCACAGGCAGAGGGUCAGAUGCUCGGGGCUGGGAUGCUGCUGAGUGGUGCAGGCUGCUGUGCCUGACUACAGCUGAGCUGCCGCAUUCAUGCAGAAGGAGCCCAGAGCUGGAGCAGUGAGCGGCGGCUCUGCGGCACACAGCGGGCACUGAUCGCAGCACCAUGCCCCCGCAGACCUUCGCCCGCGACACGUCCCCCCUCCUCCGCUGGGACGAGGUGCCGGACGACUUCGUGGAGUGCUUCAUCCUGUCCGGGUACCGGCGGCUGCACCUGACCGCCCAGGAGUGCCUGGCAUCCAUCUUCCAGCCCACCAACGAGACCCUGAACUUCUGGACUCACUUCAUCCCGCUGGUGCUAUUCGCCAGCCGCUUCUACCAGGUGAUCUUCCUGGCCGGAGAGCUGCCCUGGCACCACCCUGCGCUGCUGCCGCUCUGGUGCUAUGCCUCGGGGGUGCUGCUGACAUUUGCCAUGAGCUGCACUGCCCAUGUGUUCAGCUGCCGCUCCCUGCGCCUGCGUGCCGCCUUCUUCUUCUUGGACUAUGCCUCCAUCAGCUACUACGGCUUCGCCAGCACCUUGGCUUACUGCUACUACCUGCUGCCCAGGCUGAGCCUGCUGGACCCGGCGGUGAUGACCCCGUACCUGCAGAGCCUGGGCUGCCACUGGCUGGACUAUGGCAUGCUGAUGUGGCUGUACAGCGAGCUGGUGCUGCCAGUAGCCUUCCUGCUGGCGGUGACCUGCACCGUGGCCUGCUGCAGGAGCAGAUCCGAGGACUGCACCUACCCCUUCGCCAUCCGCACGUUCGUCUUCGUCAUGCCUCUCAGCAUGGCAUGCCCGGUGAUGAUCGAGAGCCUGCUGUUUGACCUGGGCAGGAAGAACCCCACUCUCUUCGUGCACUUCUACCGAAGGUACUUCUGGCUGCUGGUGGCUGCCUUCUUCAAUGUCAGCAAGAUCCCCGAGAGGAUCCAGCCAGGGCUCUUUGACAUCAUCGGCCACAGCCACCAGCUCUUCCACAUCUUCACCUUCCUCAGUAUUUAUGACCAGAUGCAAUAUGUGGAGCAGGGGCUGGAGCAUUUCCUGAAGGCCCCUCACACCUCACCCACCAUCUACGGGACAUUAGGGUACCUGGUGCUGCUCAUCUUCUGCCUGGCCAUGGUAGUAAGAACCUAUCUGAAGGGACUGUCCAGCAGUAAGCAGGACUAAGGCUAGCUGGGGGCAACCAUGCUGGAGGCAUCAGGAAACCAUUCAUAAAAGGAGGCAACAUCUGUUGUCUGGGGUUGAUCCAAUUGAUAUUAUUUUUGCUUGAUUUUAAUGUAACCUACCAAAGGAAAUGUCCUUAUUAUGUGUACAGAAGGCACCUACUUGUCAGACACAUUUGACACACUAUAGGUGUCCCUUGAUCCCCAGUCCACCUUCAGACUUACCUGCUCAACAUUUAUCUACCACUAACAUGUAAAAUGACCAUGCUAUAAUUGAAAUGUUUUGCAUUGUUCUAAAUUCUUGAUUGACCCUGUGAUUGUAGUUACGAGACACACAAAGAUUUCUUAAAUACCUUUGUCCCAUUUUCCAGUAGAUGGACACAUUAUAGCAUUGGUGGCACAUCUCCUGAUCUGCACGUCUAUGCUUACACUUUACAACUCCCCUCCACCUCCUUUUAUUUCUAGUGCCCACCAGUCAUGGUUGCAACCAGGCAGAGAUGAUAAAACUGAACCACUUGAAGAUGCAUUCACUCUUCGUGCACAAGGACCACAGUAGGUGACAUCUCACUGGUGCUCCUAGAUACCUCCACACUUCAUGACCCGAGUAUUUACUGACUGUGGCGCAAAACGCUGCUAACAUUCCCAUAUAGGUGCAUAUUUCUAUUGUGUGCCACAGUACGUUCUUCCUGGGAUCUGAUGCUGCUAACAAUCUGUGUGAGCCGGGAAACACCAAAACUCUACCUGAAAAGGUCCAUCUCAUGGGACCUCAGCCUGAGGGCCCCCAGGGGCUUCUUGCACUGUCUUCAUGCGGUGCUUCUAAUGGACAGCACAGAGUAUGAUCAUAACUUUGGGGGUACUUUGAUGUCAUUUGAAUAGGGGUGUUAGAAUAGAUAAAAUGAGUAAUGAAUAAUUGGGUUCUUGGAGAAUGUCCGGGGCAGGAUCUGUCAUAUUAGCGAGAAGGUGGCACUUUUUAAAGGGAAACAGUCAGCAACUUUAAGCUGACCUCAUUGAGGGCAUUAGACGAGCUGAUUCCAGCGGUGUGUCACUCAUGAGCUAACAGUAAGUGGUUGCCAAGUAUCAGCAUCAUAAUCAUUGCAUCCCAGGCCUGGAAAAGAGUCAUGGCUGCCUGAGAAGAGUCCUGGGUAUUUCUAAUCUCCUGCUCUCCCUGCCACCUGCUGAUGGUUGACAGCCUUCUCCUUUUUGCUUUCCCUAGGGUCUACGGCUACCAGGUGACACUGGUUGUGUGACAGCUAUUGCAUCCAAGAUCGUAGGGGCAUUGAAGUAUAGCGGUGAUCCUAUAGAAAUCCAUGGGGUCUCUUUUAUGAUUCAGCCUUUGCAGUUGCGACACACCUGCAAACCCAUUCAUCUCUAUGAGAUCACCGCUACACUGUGAUGUCCAUGCAAUCCUGGCCGUGAUAGCUGUCAUGCGACCCGUGGCACCAUGUAGCUGUUCCCUAGGAGAGAACUGCCAGGCAUGAAAUAACCAUGACUCUUCUCAGGCAGCCAUAACGAUAGAGAAGGACCGGCACUCAUAUAUAGUGUCUCGUGAAGUAUUUCUUUAUUGCCACAUAUUCAUUCUGUGACGCGUUUCGACACAAUCCGUGUCUUUGUCAA